AUGAUUGCCUCCUCCAAGAUGCUCCCAUGCGUCGCCAUGCUCGUCCUCAUCUGCGCUCACAGUGCGUUCUCCUCCGUAAUUGUUGUGAAGCGUGGAGAAGCUUAACCGGAAGACAAGAAACUGGAACUUCUGGAUUCUGUCAACAAUGUUCGUAGUCAAAUCUCGAAGGAGCUUUCAAUUUCCAAUAUGAAUAAGCUGGAGUACAGUAUGGAACUUGAGAACAAAUUGAAGAAAGAGAUGACUUGUGAGAAAUUUACCGCUUUUGUGGAACUACUUCGCAAACAUCUGGAAAACGAGCCAAAGGAGGUGCAAGAUCUCGCAGCCAUUAGUCUUUUCGGAGCAAUUGUGGAAUACUACCUUAACCCUCUGGACACUCACAUCGCUUUCGUUUCUCUAACUUGCGAAGGAGUUGAAGUCAACAUGCCAACCCCUGAAACUUCAUUGGACAAAGCCGCCGAUCAAUCUGACUUCAAGCACGGCCAACCAGGAUCUGCUUGUCCAUCUGGAAGAACUGCAACAUCUGCCGGUUUGUGUGCUCGUUCGGACUAG